AUGGAUUUUCGGCCACCCGGCGAGCCGCCGCCGCGCAUCCGCCACCGUCGCCACGCGAGCUUGAGCCGGGUGACACUCGGCCCCGCGACACUCGAUGAGCUGCGGGCAAGGGAAGAUCUCGAGCUUCGCGCCACCCGCAUGCUGGGCGAGUGGCUACGUGUACGAGCCGCUACCUUGGAGGUUCCUAUGGUUUCUCCCGUGGCUACGACCGCACCGGGAGACGCUUCAGCAUCCGCAGCCCCAGUGGCAGCUACGCAGCCAUCGGCGAACGGCCCCUGCGACCAGGAGAGCCACGCUGAGGUGCCGCUUCCCCCCUCGGACGACGAGGAGAUGGACCUGUCCAUCUCACGGAAACGCGCCCGCGAGAACGAGAGCGAGGACGAUGAACCCGCUGGGCCACGCAAGCACCCGCCGAGCGUUCCCUCCCGCUCGGAACAGCCGACGGCGGACGACGACCAGGACAGCGCCAUCUCCCGACACCCGGGGGAAACACCUGCCACCCUCUCCCUGCCGCACGUGCAGAUCGGAGCACCCUCCGAGCCAGCGGAAAGCGAGCAGACUGCGCCACCUGCAGAAAGCUCGAGCGCCAUCUCUCGGCAUCCCGCCGAGCUUGCCGCCGCCUCCUUCGAGCCUCCUCCGAGCGAGGGCGCGCCCGACUCCCCCCUCGAUGCGCCGACUGCUCCGAAUGGCGACGCGCGCCCGGCUGCGUCGUCUGCUAGCGCGCCAGCUGCAGACGAAUGUUCUACUGACGCUAUGGAGCUGACGCACGAAGCACCCGCCAGCGCUUCCCAACAGAAGCCAGAACACCCGGCGGCGCGUUUCCUGAGGGGCCCACCACGCCAGCCUGCUUCACGGCCGAAGCGCAAAGGAAAAAAAAACAAGCGAAGGAGGGAGCCAGUUGCCGGUUCGCCUCCAUCCCGCGACAACUCGGACGAAUCGCGGCACUCACCCGCUCCCCCGGCCAGCCACAGCGUGCCUGCUCCGGCUGUACGAGGAGAGAUGCCACCCGCCCGCGAGACAGCCACAGAUGGCUUCAUCCUCGUGCAGUCGAGAGGCGACAGGCGGCGCUCAAAAGCACUCGAGACGGCUGCACUCCCGGUGGACCCUGCACGGUGCCGACCCUGCGCGGUUCGCGUCAAUCACAGGCGCAACAUUGUGGCCGCUGACACCACCACCCAGCAGUGCUUAGAGGGGCUGCUCAAGCUCUCCGAGCUGCACGCAAUCCCCGUGACUGCCCGACUACCGGCCGAGCGGGGAAAGAGCACUGGCUUCCUGCACGGGGUGAGCGGACUGCCUGCGGACACGGAGCUGCUGGGGCCGAUCGAGUCGGACGUUCCUGUGCUGUCGGCCAUGUUGGACGGGAGCACCGUUACAAUCCGGUUCGCGGGACCGAGUAAGGCCAGCGAGGCCCCGCCCAGUACAGUGCAGGCAGUGCGGCCGCUUCGGACACGUCCCGGAAUCCUGCCGGUGGCCGAGCGACUGCAUCUCCUGCGGCAAAAAACAUGCAGCAAGCGACUCCUGCGAGACCAUCCGCUGCAGGAACUGCGGGGGCCCCCACAGGGCGGACACUCCUGCCUGCCCCAAAUGGCAGGAAGAGAGGAGGGUGGCCACAAUCCUCGCUUCCUCCACCACGGCACUCUCGAGGCGAGCUGUGAGGGCAGCCGUACGGGAGGAGAAGCAGCAGGAGUUGCCAACACUGGUACACUCAUAUGCCAGUGCACUGAAAGGCCCCAGCCCCACAGCAACACCUCCAGUACCAGCCCCCCGUACGACCCGCCGCCGGGAGACGCGGGACCCUGCUACCACACCUGGCCAGCCUACCGUGGAUCAGCUGGUAGUGAACCUGCUACUUACCAUGCAAGCAGUGAGCACCAUGCUACCAGCUGA